UGGCUGCUGGGCCGCUUCACCGAGCCUGCCGCCUGGCUCAGCGCCCGCCUCGCGUACACGCGCACCGCAGGCAAGGCCGGGGCGGCCGCGCUCAUGGUGGGUCACAUGGUGGGUCUGGGCGACCGGCACGGUGAGAACAUCCUGGUGGACUGCUGCAGCGGGGACGUGGUGCACGUAGACUUCUCCUGCCUCUUCGACAAGGGGCUCACGCUGCAGAAGCCGGAGAUGGUGCCCUUCAGGCUCACACAGAACGUGAUUGACGCGUUUGGUGUGUCGGGGGUGGAGGGCGUUUUCCGGCGGGUGUGCGAGAUCACGCUGUCGGUGCUGCGCCAGCACAAGGGCUCCAUACUGAGCGUGAUGGACACCUUUGUGCACGACCCUCUGGUGGACUGGGCGCGCAACCACCAGGGAGGCUCGCGCGCCGCCGGCGACGAGGGGGCCGACAACCCGUAUGCCAAGGAUGCUCUGGCCACGAUCGAGGGCCGGCUGAAGGGCACGCUGCUGGGGGUCAGCUCCCGCCCCUGCAUGCCGCUCAGCGUGGAGGGGCAGGCGCACCGCCUGAUUGAGGAGGCGGCAUCCAAGGACAACCUGGGGGCCAUGUACAUCUGGUGGUGA